AUCGAUUAACCAUAAAGUCAUAAUUUUAAGUAGUAUUCACCAAAUAUGGCAAGAAAGACGUUGGCUGAGCAAUUGGCAGAACUCACUAAACCUCAGACAGACUUUGAUAUUGAAAAUAGUGAACUUAAAGACGAUGUGUUUGAAGAUGGGAGUGAUAAUGAAGUCCAAUCCGACUCAGAUGAUGAAACCUUAAGACAACAACAUUAUGUUGCUAGUUCUAGAUCUAAGUUGAGGAAAGAAAAUGAAACCAUUGCAUUAGGAGGAAAGUACUCAGGAAGUGUCGCCAGCAGAAAGAAUCUAUAUGAUGAUGAAGAUGAAGAGGAAGACGGAGAGGAAGAGGAAGAAGAAGAUGAUGAUGAUGAGGAAGUUGAUGAAGAAGAAGAAGAAGAAAUAGAAGAAGAAGUAGACCUCAGUGAAGUUGACCUGGAUUCUGAUGCAUCCCUUGAAGGAAACUCUGAUGAAGAAUCCGAACAAGAAGAUGAGGAAUUAGAAUUAAAGAGAAACAAGAUCAAGGAACUCAUGGCUAAAGAAAGAGUUCAUAUUGUAAAUAGAUUAUCACAAUCUGCCACAACUGAUGCAUUAAAAGGGUUUGCCGUUUCCCAACAGCAUAAAUUCUUUGAUAAAAUAAUAGAUAGUCGUUUAAAGAUUCAAAAAUCAUUACUUAACUCAAAUCUUCUUCCUCCAAAUCAUGACAUAUUAGUGUCACAAGACUUAGCCACUGAAAAUACAAAAGAGUAUGUUGAACAAGCUAAAGAACAAUGUUUUGAUCUUUUAGAUACCAUAUUUGCAUUGAGGAAAGCAUUAUACAAAAAGGAUGGAGUUAGUUCAGAUCCAAUUAAUAAAAAGCCAAAUAAAAGAACAUUCCAAGAAUACAGUAAACUUUCAAAUCAAUAUGAUUCCAAAUUAAAUCUGUACCGUUCCAAUGUUCUUGUGAAAUGGUCAGCUAAAGUUCAAAACUCUUCUGGUUCAUCUGCUAUAAAUGCUAGUAAAUUUAAAUUCAUUAAUCAAUCAUUUGAAGAACAAGUUAAAAAUAAUUUGAGUGAUAUGGAUAGAUUAAUUAAAAGAACUAAAUUAAACAGACGUAAUAUAGUACCGUUAGGUUAUGAUGCUUAUCAAUUACAAAAGAAAGAAAAUGAAGAAGAGCAAGAUGAAGAAGAACAAGAUAAGAAUGGAAAUGAUAAUCCUGAUAUACCACAAGAGAAUGAUCACAAUAAAGAUCAAUCUAGUAUGGAAAUAGAUGAAAUAUUUGAUGAUGAAGAUUUUUAUAGAGUAUUACUUAAUGAUUUAGUGGAUAAAAAGAUUCAAUCUAGUAAUCCAGCUGCUGGAUUAACCUUAACUAUUAGAAGUGCACAAAAGGCUCAAAAAUUUAAAAAGAAUGUUGAUACUAAAGCAUCCAAAGGUCGUAAAUUAAAAUAUCAAGUUCAAGAGCCUAUUUCUAAUUUUGAAAGUUCCAAAGGUAAUUGGAAAUGGGAUGAUAAUCAAAUUGAUGAAUUCUUUGCAUCUUUAUUAGGACAGAAAGUUAAUAUGAAUGAAUUCGAUGAGACUGAAGAAAAUGUCGCAGAUGAGGAUGAGAUAGUUAGUGGAGAAAAUUCCAUUAAAUUGUUUGGUUAAUAGAGAUAAAUAUAUAUAUAUAUAUAUACAUAUA